UGGCGCACUUGAUGCUCCUGGUCUCUUGCCAUUCGCCACUUUGCUAUGGCAAUGGAAGAGCUGGACGAGUUCGAGUUGCUCUGGCCGGACACCUGCCACGCCCACGCCGCGCACGAGCUGCCGGCGAGCCCACCUGUGUCGGUGCAGGUGCAGGUGCAGCCAACUGAGUCGUCCACGCCGCGCCCCAAGCAGCGUGGGGGCUCCGCGCGCUCUCGGCCCGUGGACGUCCCCAACCCCAGGGUUGCACCCUCGCACCGCUGGAACGGGAGAGACGGCGGCGACGACGAUGAGGAGGACGGCCGCAACGAUAUCGUUCCGCCGCACUUGCUGGUGUCCGGCAGGCGGCGGUCGGAGGCCGAGACGGCGUGGACGCUGCGGGCGUCGGGUCCACCGUGCAAGCGGGCGCGCGACCUGCGCGACCUCCGCAACUCCGUGCUGCGGAUGACCGGCUUUAUCGAAGGAUGACGUCGAUUGUAAUGUGUGGUGGUACAGCUGCUGACCUGCAUGCAUGGUGUACUUCGAUUUGUACUCGCGGUCGGAAUGGAAAAUAAUGCAAGGGGAUUAUCGAUUUGGAAGAUGAAUUUGAACCA